CUGCAAAGCAUUCCAAAUCAACCACAAUCGGAAUUUGGAAAUACGACUAAAAACUGAACAAGGUAACAAAAACUAGAAGUACAUUGAAACACUUCUUUGGCAGACUAGCCAAAGAACGAAGAAAUUUGGAUCUUCACUUUGCUCGGCAUUUAUGUUGCUGCUACAACACACUUAUUAGUUUCUUUGGUACGCUUUUUUCCCUUCCUCUUAAAUAAUUUAAACACUCCUUCACAAAUGAUAAGCAUAAUUCAACCUUUCCCUCCCUUUCAAAACCUAACUCUCAUGCAUACCCUUAAAGUCAUGCUAUUGAAAUCAUUAUGCUAAUCAUUUGUUGAAAUAUAAUUUAAUCACUAUAUAUCUUAAGCAUUUAUGUUUUGUAGCGAUUAGAUGUUGGAAAUAGGGAGUUUCUGAAGGAAUUAUAACUAAAAUCCCUUCCAAGAUAUGACAAAAUUAAAUAGUUUAAACUCACAUUCAUUUUAAAUUGAGAUGAAGUUAUCAUGUAAUUUGUUGUCCUUCAAGAUUGAGCAUUUGAAGGGAGGGCCAUAAACCCUCUUCCUCCAGACAAUGAGUUUGAGAAACGCAUAAGACCAGAAGUCAUCCUUGCGCAUGAGAUUGGAGUGACAUUUGAAGAUGUUGGUCAUGCUUCCGCUUCGAAGACCUGACCUCUUUAAUGGUGGUCUUCUUAAGCCCUUCAGAGGCAUAUUGCUCUUUGGUCCUUCUGGUACCGGGAAAACUAUGAUGGCUAAGGCAAUUGCAAAUGAAGCCGGAGCAAGCUUCAUAAAUAUCUCGAUGUCAACAAUUAGUUCUAAAUGGUUUGGUGAAGAUGAAAAGAAUGUUAGAGCUUUAUUCACACUUGCUGCUAAGGUGUCUCCUACUAUCAUUUUUGUGGAUGAAGUUGAUAGCAUGCUUGGGCAACUAACAAGGGCUGGAGAACAUGAAGCCAUGCGGAAAAUCAAGAACGAGUUCAUGACACAUUGGGAUGGAUUGUUGACAAAAUCUGGUGAGCGACUUCUGGUUCUAGCAGCAACCAAUAGGCCGUUUGACCUAGAUGAAGCAAUUAUCAGGCGCUUUGAGCACAGAAUUAUGGUUGGGUUGCCUUCAGCAGAGAGCAGAGAAAAGAUCUUGAGAACUCUUCUAGCGAAGGAAAAUGUAGAAAACCUUGAUUUCAUGGAGCUUGCUGCGAUGACUGAUGGAUAUAGUGGAAGUGAUCUUAAGAACUUGUGUACAACAGCAGCUUAUCAUCCUGUGAGAGAGCUAAUACAACAGGAGAUUCAGAAGAACAUGGAAAAGAGGCGCAAAGGUGAAGAAGGGCAGAGCUCAGAUGCUGCUGCUCCAGAUAAGAAGGAAACCAUGGCCGAGAGAGUUAUCACUUUGAGACCUCUAAACAUGGAAGAUAUGAAGCAAGCAAAGAAUCAGGUUGCGGCUAGUUUUGCUGCUUAAUGAUCCAUAAUGGGUGAGCUUCAGCAAUGGAAUGACUUAUAUGGCGAAGGCGGCUCCCAAAAGAAGCAGCAACUGUCCUACUUCCUGUAGGUUGCCAGUCAGAUACAUGCAUCCCUUGUUGGGAGGACAAUCUAUCUGUAAUUAUAUAUGUAGUAUAACAGAACUUAUCCAGCCCCUAGAUUAUAGUUCUAUUCAUGUCUUGUGUAUGAUACUAUGAUAUAUAAAUAUAUCCAAAGGGU